AGACAUUUAAAAACAAAAUGACAGAAUAAAAUAUUAUUUAAUAUGUUUUUCAAGUUUAUUUGUUUUUUUUGUAUUCUUAUUAGUUUAUCACAGGGGGAAUAUUUCUCUGAAAAUGAAAGAUUUGAGGAUUUACUUUUCAAUGCUCCUAAUACAAAAGGAGUUAAAGGUGGUGUGAAAGGUACGAGAAAAGAUGGUUAUAAAAAGAAAAUUAAAAUUGGAUGCACUUCGACACCUGAGCCACCAAUUAAUGGCAAUAUUAGUUGUACUUCUAAUGGUUCUUUCUUCAGAGAUUGUCAAGCAACAUGUAUAGAAAAUUACAAGUUUCCAAAUGGAAAAACGGAACUUUUAUUAAUUUGUCAAGAUGAAGAAAAAUGGCAAGUGCAGGGAAACGAAUUGAAUUUUUUACCACAUUGCGAACCAAUUUGCCUUCCUCAAUGUCAAAAUAAUGGAAUGUGUAUUGCUCCAAAUCAAUGUAGCUGUACUGAUAAUUUUUCUGGACCACAAUGUCAAUAUGAAAAUAAACCUUGUUUCAAUUUACCACCAGCUAUUCUUAAUGCGAAAAAACAAUGCAAUUCAAAACGAUGUACAAUUGAAUGUUUGAAGAAUUUUACAUUUCCGGAUGGAUCUUCAAUUACAAAUCUUGUUUGUAAAGAUGGAAAUUGGCAACCAACACGAGCUGAUUGGGUUUCUGUUCCCGAUUGUAUUCCUGUUUGCUCUCCACCUUGUAAAAACGGAGGUAUUUGUCUUUCAUUAAACACUUGCCAGUGUCCACCAGGUUUUCGAGGCCCUCAAUGUCAAUAUCUUGAAAGUACAUGUAGUGUAGAUAAAUUGGGCUUCAAUGGCGGUUAUCAAUGUAAUGGUGAUGAAAAUUCAUAUUCCUGUGUAAUUCAUUGUCCGUUGGGAAUUAAUUUUGAUUUUCCGCCCUCUGUCAAGUACACUUGUUUAUAUGAGAAAGGAAUAUUUGAACCACAUCCAAUUCCACAAUGUCUGAUGGAAAAUGGAAUGGAUUUGCAAAAAAUAGAAAAAACAAUUCAAAAUAAUUCAUCUUCAGCAAUUAAAAAGGAAGCUUAUCAAAAUAUUUUUGCAACUCAUGAUUUUGACAAUAUUAUUGAUGAACAAAAGAAAAAUCAUCAUAUGUAUGAUACAACGAAGAAUAAAGUAAAAUUUAUCGAAAAUAAAAGACCAGAGCCAAAAACUUGUUUCACAUGGGGUGGAAUUCAUUAUAAAACGUUUGAUGAAGAAAUUUUUAGUUUUGAGAGCGAAUGUAUUUAUACAUUAGUACAAGAAUCACAAAAUGGACUUUUUACAAUUACUAUUCAAAAUAAUCCUGAAUGUAAAAUUUCUGGAUUAUGUUAUCGAAUAAUAAAAAUUUUUCUCCAAGGAAAAGAAUAUACAAUUUCGCGGAAUAAUCAUGGAAUUCCUGAAUUUCGUAGUGUUAAAAAAAUUUUACCAAUUCCAAUUCAAUUGCCAAAUAUACGUGUUGAUUGGUCAGCACAUUUUGUUAUUGUUAAUUUGGAUACAGUGGGAAUUAGUUUAAAAUCAGAUGGUGCACUAUUAGUACAAAUUGAGGCAACAGAAUCACUUUGGAAUAAAACUAUUGGACUUUGUGGCAAUAUGAAUGGAAAUAUUGAUGAUGAUUUAUUAACAAAAGAGGGUAGUAGACCUAAAAGUAUUGCCACUUUUGCCAGUAGUUGGAAAAUAGAAAAUAUUGGAGAAACUUGCGAUGAAUAUCCAAAUAUCGAUCAUUCGUGUGUAUCAAAUGUGAAAUACGAUCAGGAAGCAACGGAAUUUUGUACAAAAUUAUUGUCUGAUAGUAAAUAUCAGGCUUGCUCGAGAGAAAUUGAUUUGAUGACAUUACACGUGACAUGUCGAUGGGAUUAUUGUGCUUGUAAAAAUUCCGAUAGACGAAAAUGUGCUUGCGACACAAUGAGUGUUUAUGUUCGACAUUGUGCGCAUCGUGGAAUUGUAAAUUUACCGGGAUGGAGAAAUAAUAAUUCAUGUCCUCUAAAUUGUACGAAUGGAAAAAUAUACAUGCCUUGUGGUCCAAAAACACAUCCAUCAUGUGGUACAGAAUUAAUUUCAAAAACAGAUGAUGAUUUUGAUUGCGAGGAAGGAUGUUUUUGUCCAAAUGGUUCCGUUUUUCAUGAGGGAAAAUGCAUUUCACCUGAAGAAUGUCCCUGUCGAUUGAGGGGAAAACUUUUUAAACCAGGAAAAAGUGUGACGAAAGAUUGUAACACCUGUGUAUGUUCAUCGGGAAAAUGGAUUUGUACCCAAGCAAAAUGUAAAGCAAGAUGCUCGAUUGUUGGCGAUCCACAUUAUACAACGUUUGAUGGAAAAAAAUUUGAUUUCAUGGGACAGUGCUCGUAUUAUUUAAUGAAAGCUGCAAAUUAUAGUAUUGAAGGUGAAAAUGAAGCUUGCUCGGGCGCUAUUUCUGAAAGCAUGGGAUUUUCAUCGCCAAUUUCUGGUAUGCCGUCAUGUACAAAAACAGUGACAAUUCGAAUGAAUAACAACGCUAUAAAAUUAAAACAAAAUCGUCAGGUUUUAAUUAAUGGUGAAGAUGUAACGAAAUUUCCCCUAACAAUUGCUGGAGCAAAAAUACAAAUUGCUAGCAGUAUUUUCAUUGUUGUGCGAUUAUUAAAUAAAUUGGAAGUUUGGUGGGAUGGUGUGUCUCGUGUUUAUAUAAAUGCACCGCCAGAAUUUCACGGUGAAACCAAAGGCUUGUGUGGGACAUUUUCCUUAAAUCAAAAGGACGAUUUUCUCACUCCUGAUGGAGAUGUGGAGCAAGCGGUGAUUCCUUUUGGAAAUAAAUGGAAAACCAAUGAAGAAUGUCCUGAUAUUGUUAAAAAAGAAUCAAAUCAUCCUUGUGAUGCAAAUCCUCAAAAGCGAAAUUCUGCAGAGGCACAUUGUUCCCAUUUGUUGAAGAAUACAUUCAAAGAAUGUCACUGGAGCGUUGAUCCUGAACCAUUUUAUAAGGAUUGUUUAUACGAUAUGUGUGCUUGUGAAACAAAUAUUGACUUGUGCCUUUGUCCAACGCUUUCGGCUUAUGCAAAAGAAUGUGCUCAUGAGGGUGUGAAAAUUUUAUGGCGAUACGAAAUUGACGAAUGUCGAAUUCAUUGCUCAGGUGGACAAGAAUAUCAAAUUUGUGGCAAUAGUUGCGCCAGAACCUGCGGGGAUAUAUCUUUUAAUCAAGAAUGCCGUCAGGAGUGCGUUGAGGGUUGCAAUUGUCCUGAAGGUCAAACAUUGGAUGACAAUGGAGAAUGUAUUCCAAUUGGAGAAUGUCCCUGUCUUCAUAUGGGUCUUGAAUUUCCAGCUGGUUAUCGCGAAGUAAGACCCGGUGUAAAAGGCCAAGAAUUAUGCACUUGUGCAGGAGGUGUUUGGAAUUGUCAAUUGGCGAGUCGUGAAGAAAUUGAAGAAUUUCCAGCAAUUGCAGACGUUAAAUAUUCUUGUAGUUCGAAAUUAAAUUUAGAAGUGACAAGUUGCAAACCAUUUGAAUCGAGAACUUGUCGAAAUAUGCAUGAAUUCAUUGUUGAAAAUUCAAUAAUUUGUAAACCUGGUUGUGUAUGUAAAUCAGGAUAUGUUUUAGAUGCAUCAAGUGGAAUUUGCGUUAAAGAAGAAAAUUGUCCAUGUUAUCAUGGUGGACAAAGUUACAAAGAGGGUUCAAUAAUGCAAGAAGAAUGCAACACUUGUAAAUGUGAAACUGGCAAAUGGACAUGCACUGAUCGUAUUUGUUCAGGAAUUUGUUCAGUAUGGGGAGAUUCGCAUUAUAAAACUUUUGACGGUAAAUUAUUUGAUUUCCAAGGUGUUUGUGAUUAUGUUCUUGUGAAAGGAAGUUUGAGUAAAGAUGAAGGAUUCGAUGUUUCUAUUCGUAAUGUACCUUGUGGAACAACUGGAGUUUCGUGUUCAAAAUCGAUAACAUUAAAUGUUGGCGAAGAAUUCAUCACUUUAACGAGAGGAAAAAAAUUACCAAAAACAAAUUUAAAGAGAAUUGCCAUUAGACGAGCGGGUUUAUUUGUAUUUUUAGACGUUCCUGAUUUAGGAUUAGUACUACAGUGGGAUCAAGGAACUCGAGUUUAUGUGAGAUUGGAUCCAAAAUGGAAAUCACGAACAAAAGGUUUGUGUGGUGAUUUUAAUGAUAAUAGUGAAGAUGAUUUUAAAACACCAUCGGGUGGUGUGUCGGAAGUAUCAGCGAAUCUUUUUGGUGAUUCUUGGAAGAAAAAUAGCUAUUGUCCUGAGCCAAAGGACAUUCAUGAUCCAUGUAAAAAAAAUCCCGAGCGUCGUGUUUGGGCAAUUCAAAAAUGUGGAAUUUUGAAAACAGGACUUUUUAAAUUAUGUCAUUCGGAGGUGGAUGUUAAUCCAUAUAUUGAAAAAUGCAUUUACGAUACUUGCAGUUGUGAUUCAGGCGGUGAUUGUGAGUGUCUUUGUACAGCUUUAGCGGCUUAUGCACAGGAAUGUAAUGAAAGAGGAGUUCCUGUAAAAUGGCGAUCACAAAAUUUAUGUCCAAUGCAAUGUGACGAAACUUGUAGUUCUUAUUCGCCGUGUAUUUCAACUUGUCCACGUGAAACUUGCAAUAAUUUAUUUACAUUAAAGGAUUCAUUGCAUUUGUGUGGUCAGGAUAAUUGUAUCGAAGGUUGUUUAACAAAAUCGUGUGAAGCUGGUCAAGUUUAUGCGAAUGACAGUUAUUUAGAAUGUGUUCCUAAGGAAAUUUGCAAUCCGAUUUGUUUAGAAAUCGAUGGGAUAAUUUAUAAAGAAGGAGAUAAGGUAAAGGGAGACGAGUGUCAUAGUUGUUUUUGCAGUAGGGGAAAUUUAAUUUGUAAAGGCGAACCUUGCACUAUUGCGCCAAAAGUAACAAUUGUUCCAAAUGAAGAAUCACGUAAAUGCAUUGAUGGAUGGACACCGUGGCUUAAUAGGGAUGUUCCUCUUAAAGGGAGGAAAGUUUUUGACGUGGAACCACUACCUUCAUCAAUCGAAUUGCUCAACAUUAAAGAUUCAGUUGUUUGCUCUCGGGAGGAAAUGGUUGACAUUAAAUGUCGAACAGUUGGUACGAAAAAAAGUCCAAAAGAAACAGGAUUAGAUGUUGAAUGUAGUUUAGAAAGAGGUCUUUUUUGUCAGUCAAAGCCUAAAGAGGUUCCUUGUGUAGAUUUUGAAAUUAGUGUCUUGUGCCGUUGUAAUCCAGAAACGACUUCACAAUUAAUAACAACGAUCGUUACAUCGUCAUUAUCAUCAUGCGAUGUUAAUCAACCAAAUCAAAUGCAUCCAACUGAUUGCCAUUUAUUUUACCAAUGUGUACCACAAUUGAAUGGAACUAAAUUAGUUGAAAAAAGUUGCGGUUCCACUAUGUUUUAUAAUCACGAGACACAAAUUUGUGACUGGCCAAAUAAUGUUAUUCUAAAAAGACCUGAAUGCACUUUUAGUGUGACUACGGAAAAAAUUUUCAACAAAGAAACUUUUGCAACAGUCGGUUAUGAACUUUGUAAACCAGGCGAAUUUUGGAAUGAGUGUGCUAUACAAUGUAGUAAAACUUGUGAAUAUUAUCGAUAUUCUUUGGAAAAAGAAGGAAUUUGUAAUGCAACUAAUGAUUGCAUUCCAGGUUGCACAUCAAUUGACAAUCCAUUAUGCUUGAUAGGUCAUAAAUUUUGGCGUGAUAAAUUCACUUGUGUGAGCAUUUCCGAUUGUCCUUGUAUUUCGCAUAAUGAAGAACUGGUUAAACCUGGAAUGCUUGUACAAGAAUCAAAAUGUGAAAAAUGUCAAUGUAUAAAUAAUUUUUAUACAUGUGACAAAUCAUCUUGUGAUGAUAAUAUUAUAAUUGAACCUCCAAUGCAUUGUGAUGAGGAACAUUUAAUUUCUCUCAUUAAUGGAAAAAAUCCUUUACCUAAUGAGGCAUUCAACUCGAGUAGUAUAUUAAGUGAAAAAUAUAAACCAUCGGAUGCUAAAUUAAAUAAUAAAGUUUCUGAUUAUUCAGCGGGUAGUUGGUCACCAAAAGACAUGAAUAGACAACAAUGGAUUUCUGUGGAAUUUCCAAAAUCAACACCAAUUUAUGGAAUUAUUACACAAGGAAGUCCAUUAUAUAAAGAAUUUGUUGAAUCAUUUUAUAUUUUUUAUUCACCACAUGGAGAUAGUUUUAAAUCAUUGACAAGUCCGGGUCUAAAGACACCAAAACUGUUUAAAGGAUUUCAUAGUCCAAUUGUAAAGAGUAAAUUUAUCUUUGAAGAGCCAAUUGUUGCAAAAAUUGUUAAAAUUCAACCUCAGAGUUGGUCGAACGCAAUUUCGAUUCGUUUUGAACUUUUGGGUUGUUCGAAUACUAGUCAAGUCACAUCAUUACCAACUACUGAAAAAGAAACGACUCUUAUUGUAACGAGUACAGUUUCUCCGCCUAAAUUUUGUGAACAAGAAAAUUAUAUUUGGUUAACAAAAAUAGUAUCAAAAGAUUUUCUCUCAUAUUCAGCGAGUAGUUCAAAAGGUUCAUCAUUUAAACCUGAAAAUUCUGUUUUAAUUGAUAAAUCAACAAAGGAUUUACUGAAUCUAAAGAGUUGGCAACCACAAUAUCUUGAUAAGAAACAAUGGCUGGAAAUUAAAUUAGCAAAAGCAGAGCCACUUUAUGGAAUUAUUUUACAAGGAAGUUCGUCUGAUGAUAAAUACGUGACAAGUUAUCAUAUAAUGUAUUCGGAUAAUGGUUUAGUAUUUUCCUAUAUAAAUGAUAAAAAUGGUGAUCCAAAUGUUUUUCAAGGACCAAUUGAUAAAAUAAAACAAGUUCAACAAAUUUUUAAUCAUCCAAUUGAAGCUUCAAUUAUUCGAAUAAUUCCCCAGACAUGGCAUAAAGGAAUUGCGAUUCGUGCACAAUUAAUUGGCUGCAAUGAUGAUAAUAUAUCCAAUUUGAUGACAACUACAGAAAUUAUUUUCAUUGAAAAAGAAAUUCCUCCAGUUUGUAACGAUACAAUGGGAUUGGAUAAUGGAAUAAUGUCUGAUGAACAAAUAUCGUCAUCGUCAUCGUAUGAAAAACUUUUGCCUAAUUUAAAAUUAUCAUCACCAGGAAUAUGGCGAGCAAAAUUAGAUAAUCCGGAACAAUUUAUUGAAUUUGAUUUUUUGAGAGGACAAAAUUUAACUGGUGUCGAUACUAAAGGAGGUGAUAAUAUUUGGACUGUGGCAUAUAAAUUAUUUUACAGUAUCGAUGGAAAACAAUGGAAUCCAGUGAUUGACAAUUAUCAUCAGGAAAAAUUAUUCUUGGCAAAUAUUGACGAUAGUACAGUGAAAACAAAUUAUUUUACUCGUCCAAUUCAUGCGAGAUUUCUCAGAAUACAACCAAUUAAAUGGCAUAAUCACGUGGGUCUUAAAGCUGAGAUUCGAGGAUGCUUUACACCAUAUGCUGUAGUAACAACUUCAAAACCUCUAGAAAAAUUAGUGUCAAAAUCACCGGACGCAAAUUGCAAUAUUUGUCCAGGAAUUAAUAUUUUAAUUAGGGAAAAUUGUAAUUGUACAAAUUCACUUUGGUGGAAUGGAGAAUCUUGCGUUGGAAAUAAAGAAUGUCCUUGUGUUGUUGGACAUAUGCCAUAUCCAGUUGGUUCUGUUUAUGAGACAGAAGAUUGUCAACAAUGUUUGUGUACAAUGGGAGGCACUGCAAAUUGUCAUGAGAAAAUUUGUGAACCAUGUAAAGAAACGGGAUUUCGAUCAAUUGUUACUGAAUUAUGUGGAUGUGUCUGUAAACCAUGUCCUUUUGGCACUCGACUUUGUCCUACGAGUAAUAUUUGUAUUAACGAAACAUCUUGGUGUAAUGGAAUUCAAGAUUGUCCAGAUGAUGAAAAAAAUUGUUCACUCACCACAACAUUGAGGCCAAUAGAAACGACACUUGCCAUAAAAACAACAAUUGUUCCUCAAAAUGAAUGCGAGAAACCAACUUGUCCACCGGGUUAUAAAGUGAUUGAGAAAAAAAUAAGAAAGCCUCAUAAAUAUUCAAGUAGAUAUGCAGAAUAUCGUUAUGGAGGUGGAAGUUCAGGAGUGAAGAGUACAAAAGGUGGAAAUUCAGGAGUGAAGGGUACAAAAGGUGGAAAUUAUGGAGUUAAGGGCGGUAAUAAUAAAGGUGGUAAUCGUGAAAUUAAUGGAAUAAAAGGUGGAAAAGAAAAUUAUCAAGAGGAGAACAAAAAAUUAGAAAAAGAUCUUGAGUGUCCACAAUUUUCCUGUGUAUCUAAUCGACCACCACCUGAUUUUGAGGGACAAAAACCAAAAUCCUGUCCAAAAAUUGAAUGUCCACCUAAUUAUGAAAUAAUUUUUGAAAAAAUGAGUAUGUAUAAAUUUGAGGAUUGUCCACGAUAUACAUGUCGACCUCCGCCACCAACUGAAGUUGUUUGUAAAUUCAUUGGAAGAACAUUUAAUACUUUCGAUAAUAUGGAAUAUAAAUAUGAUAUUUGUAAUCAUAUUUUAGCGCGAGAUCGUUAUGCAAAUCAUUGGUAUAUUUCUGUGGAGAAAAAAUGUUUGGGUAAUAAAUGUGAGAAGGAUUUGAUAAUUGUUAUGGAUAAUGAUUUAUUUAUACUCUAUCCGGAUAUGCAUGUGAAUAUAAAUGAUUUUACAUUUACAUCAAGUGAAAUGAAACGAUUUAAUGAUAAAAAUAGUGGAAUUUAUAAAAUAUCGAGAGUUGGCGAUGUAUUGUAUUUUAUUUCCUAUCGUUAUGGUUUUUGGGUGAUAUUCGAUUCAAAUUCAAAUGUAAAAAUUGGAAUUUCUGUGAAAUUAUUCGGUCAAGUUGAUGGUUUAUGUGGAUUCUUUGAUGGUAAUUUAAAUAAUGAUAGACAAAAACCAGAUGGAACUGAGGCAAGAGGAACUUUGGAUUUUGGAAAUAGUUGGGUUAUUGAUGGAACACCAGAAUGUGAAUUGCAGGUGUGUUCUGAAGAUAUUCAAGAGAGAGCUUGGAAAAUGUGUAACGCCGUGAAAGAUCGUUCAUUGGCUGUUUGUUUGGGUGUUGUAAAUUUGGAUAAAUUUGUUUCUCGUUGUUUAGAGACCGCUUGCACUUGUUUACAAAGUAAUUCAACGUUUGACGAUUGUCGAUGUCGAAUAAUUACAUCAUUUGUUACUGAAUGUCAAGCCAAUGAUCAGGAUAUUGAUCUUUCUAAUUGGCGAAAUAUUCACAAUUGCCAAAUAGAAUGUAAGGCUCCACUUAUUCAUCACGAUUGUUUCAGACAUAAAUGUGAGGUGUGUUGCAAUAGUUUACAAGAAGUUGAACCAUGUCCAAAAAUGAAAGGAGUUUGUUUCUCGGGUUGUUUUUGCCCUCCGGGAACGGUGAGAAAUGGUGAGGAUUGCGUUCAUCCAACGGAAUGUAGAGAUUGUGUUUGUGAUGGAUUUGGAAAUACAAAAUUUGUAACUUUCGAUAGAAAGAAUUUUGUUUUCGAUGGCAAUUGUACUUUUGUUCUUUCACGCGAUUCUAUCAAUAAUGUUAAAAAACAUUCUGGUACUCACACAUAUCAGGUUUUAGUGACAAAACAACCGUGCGAAAGUGGAAUAUGUACAGAAUCAAUUAUUGUCUUAUAUCAAUCACACGUGAUACAAAUUAAAAAGAAUUCCAAUUUAAAGAAGUUCCUAAUUUUCAUUGACGAAACAUUAAUCAAUGAUUUGCCAUACAAUGUACAAUGGUUAAAUUUAAAAAAAUCGCCGGCAAAUGAUGUGACACUAUUAAUACCGUCAAUUCAAUUGGAAAUUAUUUGCUUUGUACAUGAUUUUGCUUUUACAUUGAGACUUCCGUCGCAAACUUUUGGAGACGCAAUGGAGGGUCUCUGUGGUGAUUGUAAUGGUAAUUUGGACGAUGAUUUUAAACAACAAAAUGGAAAGAUAACAGAUGAUGUGACAGAAUUUGGAUUAAGUUGGAAAGCAAUAGAUUUGCCAUCGAAUUUGAAAAUCAAUGAAGAUCAUUGUGUAAGUAAACAGAAGAAAUGUUCACAAAUUCUCGAUCAUAAUCCAUGUAAAAAACUUUUGGAUUCAUUGGAAUUUGGACAAUGUCAUCGUCUCGUUGAUCCAGAGCCAUUUUUACAAUCUUGUGAAGAGACAUUUUGUAAUAAUGGAAAUAUUUGCAAUGAUCUUGAGGCUUAUGCAAGAACAUGUCUUCAUGCUGGUGUUUGUCCAAAAUGGAGAAACAACGAUUUAUGUCCUUAUUCUUGUCCUUCAUUUAUGGAAUACAAACCAUGUGGAACCGUGUGUGUUGAGACUUGUGAAAGUAUAAAUAAUUUGGAGUCUCAAAAAUGUUCUAAUGAUUUAGCCGAAGGAUGUUAUUGUCCUGAGGGUGAAAUAAUGCACAAUGGAACAUGUAUUUCAAAAAGAAAAUGUCUUAGCUGCGAUGAUGAGGGACAUGUUGAGGGUGAUGUUUGGUAUCCAGAAAAAUGCACUAAAUGUACUUGCGACAAAAAAACUGUUAGUUGCCAAAAAACCGAAUGUGUUACGACAGUUUGUCAAGAAAAUUACGUUUCCACUUUGGUACCAGGAUCACAACAUGAAUGUUGUUCGAAAUACAUCUGCGUUCCAAAUGGUGGAUCUAAUUUAUGUGAAGAACCACAAAAACCAUCUUGUGGCUUUGGGCAAAUUUUAAAAGCAAGCGUUACAUCUGCCGGAUGUCAGAAAUUUAUUUGUGAAUGUUUACCAAAGGAACAAUGUCCCGAUUUAAGUGAUAUUAUUAUAUUUGACGAUGAAUUAGAACCCGGUUUUGUACGUAUUUUGGAUGAAUCUGGAUGUUGUCCGCAGCCUUCGAAAAAAUGCAAACCAGAAACUUGUCCUCAAUUUAAAGAAUGUCCAAGAUAUUUUAAAUCAGUUGAAAAUAAAGGAUCCUGUUGUAAUUUCAAUACAUGUGUACCCCCGGAAGACGCAUGCUUAGUGUCUGAUUUAAAUAAAAAUUCAUCUACGGAAAAUAUUGUGCUGAAGAAAAUUGGAGAAAAAUGGAGAGAUGGAAAAUGUACGACGUGCUCCUGUGAUAUUAUAAAUUAUAAGCCAAUGUCACAAUGCAUGACGAAAGAAUGUCCAAAAAUUCAUGAUCAUCCGGAUUUUAAUGAUUUUGUCCUUGAGGAAAUUGUCUUUCCAUAUGAAUGUUGUUCUGGCUUUGAAAAAACUGCUUGUAAAGAUAAUAAUCAAGUUUAUAAAGACGGAGAUAAAUGGACGCCGAAUCCAGAGGAUGUUUGUUUGUUAAAAAAAUGUUUUAACGGAAUAAAUGGAUUGCAAAAGGAAAUUAUAAAUCAAGAAUGUAACACAAUUUGUGACAAAGGUUAUGCAUAUCUACCAUCAUUAAAUAAAAGUAUUUCCUGUUGUGGUGAAUGUGUUGCUAUUGCAUGCGUUGUUGAUAACGAUCUGAAAAAUAUUGGAGACAAUUGGCAGUCCAUUGAUAAUUGUGUUAAUUACACUUGUCAAUUGGAAAAUGGUUCUCCACAAUUAAAAGCCUUCACUGAAACCUGCAAGGAAAUAGAUUCUUUUGAUGAACAAAAUUUUAUUUUAGAGAAGAGACCAUUAUUGGGAAAAUGUUGUCCUGAAAUUGUGAAAACAGCCUGUAAAUAUGAAGGAAAAAUUUAUAAAUCUGGAGAAAAAUGGAAAUCGUCGAGUGAUAAAUGUAAAAUUGAAAUGUGUACUGAAAAUUCAAAUGGAAUUGCAAUUCAACAAGAAAUUAUUACCUGUGUCAAGGAGUGUCCAAAAGGAUGGGAAUAUAUAGAACCGAAAAACGAAGAAGAAUGUUGCGGUAAAUGUGAGCAAAGAUUUUGUGUCGUUGAAAAUAAAUUAUAUCAACCAGAAGAAAAAUGGAAAUCUAAUGAUAAUUGCACAACUUUCGAAUGUGUCAAUCAACAUCAUCAGUUUCUAGUCACCAGUAAUCCAGCUAUUUGUCCGGAAUUAGUAAAUUGUCCUUCUGAAUUUGUUUAUAACGAUGGAUGCUGUAGUCGAUGUAAUUCUUCUUCUCUCAAUAUUGAAAAAAUAUGUAUGGCUGAAGUAAUUGAUUUGAAUGCCACAAUUGGCAUAGUUGUGGAACAACGUGGAUCAAAAUUGUGUAAAAAUUUACAACCCCUGAAAGGUCUUACAGAAUGUCGUGGUUCUUGUACAUCAUCAACUAAUUUUGAUCUUGUGACUUGGGGUCAACAAAUCACUUGUCGAUGUUGUUUGCCAACAAAUUAUCAGGCACUUAUUGUUGAAUUAACAUGUGAGGAUGGAAAAAAUUUUAGAAAACAAAUAAUGGUUCCUACAGCUUGUUCUUGUGAUACAAAAUCACAACCGAUUAAAAAUCGCAAGAUUGGAACAAAUACCAAAAUGAGUCGAGACAAAAUAUAUACAAAUAAUAAAUAUUAAUAUAAAACGAAAUAUAAGUAUUAGUAAACAAAGAAAAAUAUUUAAAAAAUGUAAAAUGUACUAAAAGCAAUUUAAUUAAAAUUAAUGAAUUAUCGAA